CGACAAUCAAGAACUGGCUCUCGUAUCUGGCCUAGCUGUUUUAUUAGUUGUCUUCCUUGGCUCGCUUUCGCAUCGCCGACAGCCACUAAUCACACCAUACUGCCUCAACCCCUCCAUUCCUCGCCAGGCAAUAUGUCUAUGCGGACAUCCAGCUAUGGGUCUUCUUACGCAGAAGGCACUUCAGACACUGCGUCGAUUUGUAGUAAUAGUACCAUGCCGACUCAAUACGGCGAUGAUUCAUAUAACCAAUUUCAUAACCCGGGCCCUGGGAUGAUAGUUUUACCGUGCGAGCUUUUCGGAUUUGGCUGCGAGCACACUUUCAAUUUUGACGAAGUCGAUGCUUGGAUUGAGCAUAUAAUCGCCGACCACUUCAGGGGCAAGCUCCCUUCUAAAGCUAUUUGUUGGUUCUGUGACAUAUGGCAUUUUGACUCCAAGGCGCCUGAAGUUGGAAAUGACCGUCGCCAAAAUUUCGAUAAUAGGAUGUGGCACGUCCGCGAACACUUCGCAGAAGGUAAAACGGUUGAAGACAUACGUCCUGACUUCCACAUGCUUGAGCACCUGCAUCGCCACCAAAUUAUUAGUGAGGAUACCUAUAUCAAGUACAAGAGGUGGAACGACCUAUCAUGCCGUCGUGAAGAGAUGAAGCAUGUCCGCAGCCGUAACUUUGUGUCACCGGAGAUGGAGGCACGGAACCGACGCUCGCAAUUGGUUGUUGUAGACCUUGUCAAAGAUGAAAGGCAACGGAAGAAAGUACAGGGACAAAAAGGAAAGGAGCCUCGAGACAAACAAAAUCAUCGCUCGAAGCGAUAAAUCGGGGAGGGAGACAUGGGACUAUAAGCGCGACGGGAAUGCCCACAAAUGGUCCGCGAACUACUGCUGCUACUGCUGCUACGUCUCGUCGGCUGG